AUGGAGAUUUCGGCGAAGGCUCCAAGCCAGGGCGUAGAGUCGCGCCCGCGGCUGUCCUCCGCCGGCAGCCACGAGGCAGAGCCCAGGGGCCAGAAGCCGAGCGGCCCGAGCCAGGUCGGAGACCGAGUCUCGCCUCCAUCUCCCUCUCAGGCGGGCAGAUGGCGAGGGGGGCUGCGCACCGCGCGCGUGUGCGAGCCGUCAAUUGCAGAGCCGAGCGAGGCUGUGGCGAAGGCCGUCGCCAGUCCGGCGGUCGCGGAAGUCCCGGCGCAGACAGACCGCGACAGGCCAGGAGACAGGUGCGAACGCGGACAGAACGGGAAGGAGAGUUUGGGGUCGGACGAGCUGGCGGCCGCGACCCCUGAAUCGCCCAACGAACCCUUCCUCUUUUCUGGCGAGUUGCCCUCUGACAGGCAGCCGCCGUCGUCCUCCGAGAGUUCUUCGUCGCUCUCAGUUUCUUCCUCGACUUCUGUCUCGUCCGUGACUGUCUCUUCUUCAGACUCCUCAACUGUCUCCUCUCAGUCGGUUUCCUUGGCGUCGUCUCUCUCUUUGUCGCCUCCCGCCUCUCUGUGGUCUGCCUCCUCGCCCUCUUGUCUCCUGGAGCCCCCGCUGCCGGCAGCAGGUCUGUCUCCCACCUCGUCGGUGAAGUGCCAAGAGAGGCCUGGCGUGACCAUGAGGCGCAGCACGCGGCUGCAGGUAUCUGCUGUCUCGCAAAGUCAGCAAGUCGCGUUCUCUCCCUCCGCAGGUUUGGUCGCGCGUCCAACCGCGCCUGCAGGCACCCGCGGCCGCAAGGCUCGUCUGGGCGCGCCGUCAUUCGCCUCUUCUCUGGCUUCGGGGGCCACCGGGUCUGCGGGCGGGCUCUCAGGCGUCUCCCUUCUUCCCCUCCCGCUGGGGAGCGCGGUCGGAGGCAGACGACAGGGGCGGAAGAGGCGCAGUCAGGGUCUCCCGCAGGAAGCCAGGGAGUCCACCGUAGAGACAAGCGCCGGCGACGGGGCGUCUCCGCUGUCGCCUGCUUCUGCCCAGAAGCGCGAGAGAGGAAAGCGAGUGAAGGUCGAGGGGGGGAAGCAGGAGCCGUUUUCGGUGGGGCCUGUCUCCAGCGACGCCCGUGUGUCUCUCUCGCCAGCCGCGUCGUCCAUCGCCAGUUCCCGCCGACCGCAGCAGCGUUCGCCGUCGUCGGGCUCAUCUUCUUUCCCUUUCUUUCUUCAAGAGGAGAGCGGCAACUCGCUGGAUUGCACGCUCGCGCCUCACGCUUCAGACGCGCCCUGGCAUCACCCGCUGUGGCCGGCCAGCGCGCCCCGGCCGCCCUGUCUGGCUCGCGACUCGCCCGUGUGGGGGGGAGCCUCGGCCUCGCUGGCGGCGCGCGAGAGACAGAACUGGCAGGCCUUCUUCGCGCGCUGGGUCGCGACGACCUUCGGGGCGCGUGCGGCGCGCGAGCCUAGUCUGCCGCGAAGCGCGGAAGGUGAAGAGGCGGCGGUGUCCGCAGGCGGAGAGGGCGAGAGAAGCGGCGCGGCCUCAGAGGCCGAUCACGUGGGCGCUGCAGCGGUCGACAUUCGCCUGCUUUUCAACUGUCUCCUUUACGGCCACCCACAGGGUCUCUUCAAACGCAAAGAAGCAGGCGCCGAGGCCCCGAGAGGCAAAAGGCGGAGAACCGAGGAGGGGCACGCCGCGACGCAGCACCAGCGCGCCGUGCCCGCCUCCGCUUCGUCCGCCACUCCCCCCGCCGCGCAGCCUUCGCAGGGCGGCAGCAGUGAACCUGUGGGCAGCGGGGGCAAGUCUGCGUUACGCGAUCCAAGCGCGGCAAGGCGAGAGGCGGCCGUCGCAUCGACCGGCAGCGCGGGCGACGGAACAGCGCGAGACGGGAGGGACGUGCAGGGGGAGGCGAUGAGCUGCACUUCCCCCGCCUUGAUACCUUGCCGCCUCUUCUUUUCUCCAGCGCCCCCCGCCCCGCUCGCGCCCAGAAGACGGCAACCGACGAGUCUCUCGGCGCGUUAUCGGCGCAUGUACGGGGCCCGUGACGGGCGAGACCUCCUUCAGGUGUACCGGCACUUGACAAAGCUGUGUCUUUCUGCAGGCGACGGGAGCUCAAGCGCAAACUCCGGCGAUUCGGAGAAGGCGACAGCCGAAUCAGACCAGAGGGGAGAGAGCGACGUCGAGGUGAUGGAGGCGGUGCAGCCGACAGGCAGGAGACAGAAAGGCCUUGCAGAGGCCGAAGAGGGGCCGCGGCGGGCCGUCGUCGCCCCGGCGUCCUCUGCUCUUCAGACUCAAGAGGGUCGCAGAGGAAAGGGCCACGGCGUGAAAACAGCAACAGAGGAGGACGAGACGGCGUGCCUGGAGGGGGAGAGAUGCGACAGGCGCAAGAGGCGAGCAGGUUGCGAAGGGCACUCGGAAAAAACGACGGAUAAGAGACGGUGGGAAAUGGCCCUACAGGUUCUCUCGAGACUGAAGGUCGGACACAGCUGUGAAGCCAUUUUCCUCGGGCUUGGUGAUCUCCCUUUUGCCAACCGAAAAAAGCUCUUCUUCCGCCGCAUCUUCAAUUUCCGCUGGAGCCCCAAGAAGAAAUUGUCUGCGUCGCCUCUGCCUCUGGCCCCCUGCGACGCUCCCGCCAAUGCCGCCCAGGCAGCUGACGCAGCCUCGCCUUCCGCGUCAGGUGCGUCGGGUUCCGCCGACACCGGGAACGCCAAGGCCUCGGCCACCCCCGGCGCGUCUCCCAGGGAGGAGACCAAACAGGCUUGCGCGAACGAAAGCCGGAGUGGACGAGGAAAAAAGAAGGACGAGUCUAAGAGGGCCCUGGCCUCGUCGGCUUCGCCUCCGCCUCCAAAAUGGCAGAAAAGGACCAACCAGGAGUGCAAAGAAACUGCGCCGUGGGCGACGCUGGUCGAUCCGGCGGAUUCCCAGUCGCUCUUCCUCUCUUCGUGGCCCUCCCUGGCGCCGCACGUGGAGGCGGAAGAUGCCAGCGGCUGUGGCGGUUCAACUGUGGCGACCGAAGAGGCGUCAGGAGAGAGGACAGGCGGGGAUCGUCAUCGGGAAGUUAGCGUCACGUCGUCUGGCUCCGUGCGAGUCUCCUCUGCAGGGGCGAAGCGCGUUGCGCUCGAGGCUCCGCCUCGUCCGUACCGUCCCUUGUGUCUCCUGUCGCUUCUGCAUAUGUCUCGGCUAGUGCGCCGAGCGCAGUUUCUCCGGUAUUUGAGAGAGCAGAUGGAGCCCGAGUGCGCCUCGCUUCUCCACCUGCUUCUCCUCAAGGGCCACCUACGUGUCAAGUGCGACCAUGACUCCGACCGCCGCGUUGAGUUCGAUCGCCACGUGUCGUGGCUGCUCUCCCGGCUUCCAGGCGACCCGCAGCUCCUGCGGUACGCCUGGUGGGGGCGUGGCGGGUCUCCUGGCCUCCAGCGCGGUCUGCAGAUCUCGGAGAAGAAGGGCGACCCUGCGGCCCAGUGGAUGUCCUUUCCGCCGCUCCACUCCCCGCCCUCGCUUUACCCCGCGCCGGCGGCACCCAACGCGGGGCCGGCGCCUUCUCGCACGGCCCUAGCCCACCCGGCCGAGGGGCGUGCGGAUCGCCCAGCGCGGAGCGACGACGGAGACAGGGCUCUCGAGGACGCGGCCGCGGUCGGCGCGGCACUCGCCGCGGCAGCCGCAGGCGCCAUCAACGGCCCCACUCCGGGGAUCCGAUGGGGCGGGGGCCUCCCCGAAGGGCUGACGUCCAGGCUCCGGGGCCGCGGCUCUUCUGGCGACAGAGACACCGGCGCGGAUACAGGAAAAGGAGGGGUAACUGCGAGCGGUGCGGGCGCAGCUGUGGUGGUCGGCACCGCGACGUCUGGCGGGGCGGCAGGACUUCAAAGCGGGCCUGUGCUGGGAAGUUCUCAGCGCCGGCUACUCCGCCUCUUCCGGCGCGUGUGCCCUGCCGACGUCCUUCAUCGGGCUCUGACGACCGGAAGUGUCUCUCUUUCGUGGCCCACAGCGACAGAGCUGCAGGUGCUGCGUUUGCCGGAACUUCUGCUGGAUCAACAGGUGAUGCGUCUCGCAGACGCCUUUGUAUGGUCGUUUGAGGGCUGGGUAGGAAAUUUGGUGGCGGUCGCGCCGUUCCUGAAUGUCUAUACACCGCACCGUCGCACGCAAAUCGGGAUAAAGAAGCGUCUCGGUGUGCGACAGCUGCCUAACGCGCUUCUGACAAAGGGCUCGCCACCCCCGCCAGCCGACUUCGACGACGCGCACUCGAGCAGCAGCUCCAGUGGCGUCUCGCGUCCGUUCUCUGCGUCUGGCCCCGUACCGGGCCUUCCACUCUCUCCGCAGACUGUCUCGGCCGCCAAAGAUCAGAACGGCAGCGGAGGCGCCCGAAAGCGACGAAGAGUUGCCGCACGCGAGACGGAAGACGCAGGCGUGGCGUGA